UUUAGAUACAGUAUCGGUCGAGUCUUCGCGUGUUGUUUGCCUUUCGCUCUCGUCGGGUUCACGUGUGGAAUAUUCCUAAGGAAAGGUUGAAAAGAUAUUGGUGUUGAUUCUGUGACAGCGAGAAGAGACGUGCUCACGUGAGGAUUUGUGCUAUAUAGCUAAGCAUUUUUUUAGAUUUUCGAGAGAAAUAACUUCAAUUCACUGGUACAGUUCGAAACGUAAACUUUCGUCAUAUUCGACAUCAAACUGUUCUUUUUAAUGAAAAAAUAAAAAAUAAGAUAUGGAGAAAGCCACAGGAUCUGGUGGCAGCAACAUGGAACCAUCAGCACCUAUGCAAGCGUCAUUACCAACAGGUCCACCUUCUUAUGAAGAAGCUAUUGCUUAUGGUGGAGGUUUACCUAAUCCACCAUACCCCGUAGGAGUAUCGCCGAUGCCAGUACCGCCAACGUAUAACCAGCCACCGAAACAGACUACAAUGCCAAUGCCCUCGAAUUAUGUCGUGCCGAAUGACCACAGUGCAUCGCAACCGUUUAAUACGGAUCAGAACUUUGCACCUCCGCCGGAAGUGCGGAUCAUUCACCAACACGUAACCUUCGCCCUAGGUCCACACGCGAUCAAAAUGACUUGUCCGACAUGCCACGCUGACAUUAAGACCACUACGAUAUCGGAUCAUCAACCGAGUGCUCACAUCUGUUGUAUCGUACUCUGCUUAUUGGGAUGUUGUCUAUGCUCUUGUUUGCCAUACUGCAUGAGCGCCUUCAUGAGCGUCCAUCACUUUUGUCCUAAUUGCAAAAAUUAUAUUGGUACAUGGAAAGGUUGAUUGCUACUAUAAAAAGUGCGUUUAGGUGACACGCACUUUCUCUCAGCCUUCCAUGUAAUUAGGUAUUAUGUUAUUCCAUGAAAACAGAAGAAAACCAAAAAAAAAGAAAAGAAAAAGAAAACAAAAAAGAUAACAAAACUAUUCGAUACUCUAUACUUGUCUCGCAUAAAAAGUAACGGAAGAAUGGUUAAUAAGGGUACCUACAUAUAUUAUAGCAGGUUGUGCUGCAAAUAGUAUGUAUGUGUGUAUUUAUGUACGUACAUAUGUAUGUAUAUAUGUAUGUAUAUAUGUAUGUAUAUAUGUAUGUAUGUAUGUAUGUAUGUAUGUAUGUACGUAUGUAUGUAUGUAUGUAUGUAUGUAUGUAUGUAUGUAUGUAUGUAAGUAAGCUCUACGCUUAUUCUUUACGAAACAUUCGAAUGCAACCUAUAUGGAGUGAUAGUCACCUAGUUUAAAUUCUAUUCAAUUAGAAUUAGCCGUACGUAUGAGAGAGAGAGAGAGAGAGAGAGAGAGAGUAGAGCGAAUGGGACUGAGAAAGCGAUAAUAUAUUUAUAUCAUCGUUAAUAAGGGCGUGUAACAGUGUUAUUCUUAUUUGCAUUUAUUACAUUUCAUAUGUGAAUCUACUUCUUGACAAGGAGAAAGAAUUUCGAAAGACAUCCUUUUUAGAAACCAGAAUACGUGUAUCUCCUUGAAACGUUUUUGAUGUAACGAGUUAUAGACCGAUGUACACACACAUAAACACACGCACGCAUGCACAUACGCACAUACGCACACAUACACACAAACAAGUAUAAUAUUUAUAUAUAAUUUUUAUAUAUAUAUUAUAUAUUAUAUAUUAUAUAUAUAUAAAAAUAUAUAUAUAAAAAUAUAAAAAAAAUAUAUAUAUAUAUAUAUAUAUAUAUGUAUAUGUUUGUGUGCGCGCGUGUGCUUGUGUGGAAGACUGGAAUUUAGGAAUAUUCCUUUUUUAUUAUAUCAUGUAAUCUUUUUUUUUAUUUUCUCUUUCUAGUAUUUAAAAUAAAUUUAUAAUUAAUUGCAGAAAGUACAACAGUAGACCUUUUUUAUUUUAGUAUAUUUUCAUUCUAGAGGAAAAGAAUACGGAAUGAAAAUCGUCUGACUUUUUGUUGUACGACAGUGUUCAUAAGAAUUUUUAUUUUUGUAUUAUGAAAAAAAAAAAAAAAAAAAAGAGCGAGUACUUUGGAAGGGAUAUAAUAUUAAACAAAGCGCACAUAACGUAAAUAUUUUAAUCUUUUCUAUGAUAUAAGAUGCAACAUAAAAUGUGCGCUUUAUAUAUUCGAAUAAAAGAAUAAUAAUUAUAAUACAGGGUGUUGAGUGAGUAAUCAUGAUAAUUUGUUACGUUGUUAAUUUUAUUUUAAUUACUCAAUGAAAUAUCAUUUAUAUAAAGACAAAAUGUCGUCUUCUUACGAAUGUAUAUUGCAAGAAAAAAAGAAAGAAAGAAAUGCUUUCAAAGAAAGAAGAACAAAAAGAAAACACAUGUAUUUGCCAUAAUGAACAUAUUUCUAAGAAUAUUCCACGCAUGUCCUUUAUAUUAUUACUAUAUAUAAUUUUAUAUUUGUAUUAUACGUGAUAUAUUAUAUAUAAUAUAUACAUUCACAUGCUA